AUGGAACGGACGUGGAAGGAGAUAAAUGAAACAAUUGUUAGUGAAAAUGAUUUAAUGUCUCUGACAAAGUCUCACAACGUCAGUGUCUAUCGUAGAGAAAAUUUUAAAAAUUAUGAAUCAAUAACAUAUAGAUGUUCACAAUAUCGAACUUUUACCAAAUGUCAAUAUCAAUUAAAAGCAAAAAUCUAUCAUGAUGGUACUUAUCAAAUUUUUUAUUCUCAACACCAUGAACAUGAAUUACUUGAAGAUACACGUUUACCAACUGAUAUUCGUUCAAAUAUUCGUGAUCUUGCUAUGAAAGGUUUAACCAUCAAUCAAAUACAAAAAAUGAUGGAGUACGAAAAGAAAAAUAUUCGUUCUUCUAUAACAUUUAUUGAUGAUUUAAAAGCAUGGUGUUCUAGUAGAGCAUCAUAUCCACAUCCAGAUAAAAUACAUCAGCCUUUUGUACCAUUUUUCGAGGUUACUAAUAUUGAUAAUAUUUUUGUUUGCAUCACAACUCGUCAACUCCUGUCGACGUCUACUGAUGAAACAACAGAAACAUUUGUAACAUUUCUUAAAGGUAUACAAGUUUGGGCAGCAACAGCUAAUCAUCAACCAUAUACAAAAAACGUGAUAAUGGCUGAUGGUGCUCCUGGUUUAACAGCAGCUGUGUAA